GACAUAUUCAUCUUGAUAGCCAUCAUUGCUAACUGUGUAGCCCUUGGUGUGUCACGACCAUUUCCUGAAGACGAUUCCAAUGCCACCAAUCACAAUCUGGAAAAAGUGGAAUACAUCUUUCUGGUUAUUUUCACCAUUGAAACCUUCACAAAAAUUCUGGCCUAUGGUCUGGUCAUGCAUCCCAGUGCCUACAUCCGCAGUGGCUGGAACCUUUUGGAUUUCAUAAUUGUCAUUGUCGGGCUCUUUAGCGUUGUAGCAGAGAUGGGGGAACACAAACCCGGAGAUGCCCAUCAUGCAUCCGGUAAACCAGGAGGCCUGGAUGUCAAAGCUCUUAGAGCUUUCAGAGUUCUUCGACCUUUGCGUCUGGUUUCAGGCGUGCCCAGUCUACAGAUUGUACUGAACUCCAUCAUGAAAGCGAUGGUUCCUCUGUUUCAUAUUGGUCUGCUGGUGAUGUUUGUCAUAAUCAUUUAUGCCAUUAUUGGCCUGGAGCUCUUCAUUGGCAGAAUGCACAAGACAUGCUACUAUGUUGGGAAAGACCAUUAUGUGGAGGAUGAUCCAACACCGUGUGCAUUUGCCGGUAAUGGCCGUUUCUGUGUGGGUAAUAAUACUGAGUGCAGGGGAGGCUGGGAAGGUCCUAACGGCGGCAUCACCAACUUCGACAACAUCUUUUUCGCCAUGCUUACUGUUUUCCAGUGCAUUACUAUGGAAGGAUGGACUGAUAUUUUGUACUGGAUGAAUGAUGCAAUUGGUUUUGAGCUGCCCUGGAUUUAUUUUGUGUCUCUUGUCAUCUUUGGCUCCUUCUUUGUUCUAAACCUUGUUUUGGGUGUUUUGAGCGGUGAGUUCUCGAAGGAAAGAGAGAAGGCUGUGUGUCGUGGUGAACUUCAAAAGGCUCAGGAGAAACAGCAGAUGGAACAGGACAUGGUGGGAUACAUGGACUGGCUCAUUGAGGCUGAGGAUAUGGAUGAAGAUGGCAAUAAACGUGCUGUGGUGGCAAAGAAAAAGAUGAUGAAGAAAUACGGCUGGUAUAAACACAGUGAAGAUGGAGAAUCAGAUUCAGACUCAGAGUUUGAAGCCUUCCUCGAUGAUGAUAAUGGCUGCUGCGCCUCGAUACAGGCCAAACUGCUGACUAUAAGCUUCUGUGAGCAGCUUUACCAUUUGAACUUAGUAUUAAGGAAGAACUGCCGUGUGACUGCAAAGUCCACUAACUUCUACUGGCUGGUGUUAUUGCUGGUCUUCCUCAACACAGUGGCGAGUGCCUCAGAGCAUUACGGCCAGCCUCAGUGGCUCACUGAUAUACAAGAACGAGCCAACAAGAUCCUGCUGGCCCUGUUCACACUGGAGAUGCUGAUGAAGAUGUACAGCUUUGGCUUCCAGGUCUACUUUAUAGCUCUCUUUAAUCGAUUUGACUGCUUUGUGGUGUGUGGUGGGAUACUCGAGACUGUACUUGUGGAGUUGGAUGUGAUUCCACCUAUUGGUAUAUCUGUGCUGCGCUGUGUUCGUCUCCUCCGCAUCUUCAAAGUUACCCAUCACUGGGCUGCUCUCUCAGACCUGGUCACCUCUCUGCUGAACUCAAUGAAAGCCAUUUGUUCCCUACUGCUACUCCUCUUCCUCUUUCUAAUCAUCUUUGCCCUGCUGGGCAUGCAGCUGUUUGGUGGCAAGUUCAACUUUGAUGAUACCCAGAUGAAGCGAAGCACAUUCGACACCUUUCCUUCUGCUUUGCUCACCUGUUUCCAGAUUCUUACUGGAGAAGACUGGAACUCAGUUAUGUAUGAUGGCAUCAUGGCAUACGGAGGACCCAUUUUCCCCAACAUGAUCGUUUGUAUCUACUUCGUCAUUCUUUUUGUCUGUGGUAACUACAUCUUACUGAAUGUCUUCUUGGCUAUUGCUGUGGAUAACUUAGCAGGAAAUGGCAAAAAGAAAAAAGAAGAAAAACCAGAAGAAGAAGAGUGGGAAGAUGAUGAAGACAGGGAAGAUGAUGACACUGGAAAUGACACAGAGGACUGGGAAGAGAAUGAAGAGCUGAGAGCAAUCGAGGGCCUUGAGGGGGCCGUGCCAAUGAAAGUGGAAAGUUUUCAGCCCAAAGAAAAAAUUGUCCCCAUACCUGAUGGGAGCUCCUUCUUCAUUCUAGGCAAGAAAAACUGCCUCCGAGUCGCGUGUCACAACCUCAUUUACCAUCCUUACUUUACCAACUUCAUCCUCCUCUUCAUCAUCCUUAGUAGUUUCUCACUAGCUGCUGAGGACCCAAUCAAAACUCAUUCAUUUCGGAACAUUAUGCUCGGCUAUGCUGAUUAUGUCUUUACCACUGUCUUCACCAUUGAGAUUGUACUAAAGAUGACAGUCUAUGGUGCUUUCCUUCAUCAAGGCUCUUUCUGCAGAAAUGCCUUCAACCUCUUGGAUCUCUUGGUUGUCAGCGUGUCUCUAACAUCUUUCUUUCUGCACUCGAGUGCCAUCUCUGUGGUAAAGAUUCUGAGAGUACUGCGAGUACUCAGACCUCUCCGAGCCAUAAACCGAGCAAAGGGACUCAAGAGUGUGAUCCAGUGUGUAUUUGUGGCCAUCCGCACCAUUGGCAACAUCCUCAUUGUCACGACUCUGCUGCAGUUCAUGUUUGCAUGUAUAGGAGUACAACUCUUCAAGGGACGUUUUUAUAGAUGCACAGAUGAGGCCAAACACACACCAGAGGAAUGCAAAGGCACAUUUGUGGUGUAUAAGGAUGGCGAUAUGAAUCAUCCAAUGGUGAGGGAGAGGUUUUGGGUGAACAGUGAUUUUAACUUUGAUAAUGUGCUGAUGGGCAUGUUGGCGCUUUUCACGGUCUCUACAUUUGAAGGCUGGCCACAGAUUUUAUAUAAAGCCAUUGAUGCUAACGCUGAGAAUAGAGGCCCCGUCUACAACUGCCGUGUGGAGAUCUCAAUCUUUUUCAUCAUCUACAUCAUCAUCAUCGCCUUCUUCAUGAUGAACAUCUUCGUCGGCUUUGUCAUCAUCACGUUCCGUGAACAAGGAGAGGCCGAGUUCAAAAACUGCGAGUUGAACAAAAAUCAAAGGCAGUGUGUAUAUUAUGCUCUGAAAGCCCAACCUAUAAAGAUCUACAUACCAAAAAACCCAUCGCAGUUAAAGUUCUGGAAGAUCAUCAACUCCUCUCAGUUUGAAUAUAUAAUGUUUGUUCUCAUUCUGCUCAAUACACUUACGCUGGCUGUGCAGCACUAUGAGCAGUCAAAGCUCUUCAACUUUGUCAUGGACAUCCUGAACAUGAUCUUCACCACACUCUUCACCAUUGAGAUGAUUAUCAAACUGCUUGCUCUGCGACCAUAUCACUAUUUUAUAGAUGCUUGGAAUUCUUUUGACGCCCUGAUAGUGGUUGGCAGUUUGGUCGACAUCAUGAUUGCAGAGUUUAGUGGUGGUGGAGGCCAUGGAGAGGGGAAAGGGGAUGGGGAAAAUUCCAAGGUGUCCAUCACUUUCUUUCGGCUCUUCCGAGUCAUGCGAUUGGUCAAGCUGCUCAGCAAAGGGGAGGGCAUUCGCACACUUCUCUGGACUUUUGUGAAAUCCUUACAGGCUUUGCCAUAUGUUGGUCUGCUCAUCGCUAUGAUCUUUUUCAUUUAUGGUGUAAUCGGGAUGCAGACAUUUGGGAAGAUUGCUAUAGACGAUGACACAGAGCUCAACCGAAACAACAAUUUCCAAACCUUUUUCAUGGCAGUGCUCCUGCUCUUCAGAUGUGCAACAGGAGAGCAAUGGCAGGAGAUUAUGCUGGCAGCACUGCCAGGCCGUCGGUGCGACCCUGAGUCGGAUUAUGAGCCAGGGGAGGAGUACAGCUGUGGCAGCAAUCUGUCCUACCUGUAUUUCAUCAGCUUCUUUGCUCUCUGUGCCUUCCUGAUCAUUAACUUGUUCAUUGCUGUCAUCAUGGACAACUUUGAGUAUCUGACCAGGGACUGGACCGUGCUGGGCACUCACCAUCUGGAUGAAUUUAAGAGAGUGUGGUCAGAUUAUGAUCCUGAAGCCACGGGAAGAAUCAAGCACUUAGAGGUUGUGACCAUGCUGCGCCGAAUUCAGCCUCCUCUUGGUUUUGGCAAACUCUGUCCUCAUCGGGUGGCCUGUAGGAGGCUGGUCAUUAUGAACGUGCCUCUUCAUCCUGAUGGUACUGUGUCCUUCAACGCAACCCUGUUUGCUCUUGUCAGAUCUUCACUCAAGAUUAAAACUGAAGGGCCAAUUGACAAGGAGAAUGAAGAAUUGAGAGCCAUUAUUAAAAAGAUCUGGAAGCGCACCAAGCCUAAACUCCUUGAUGAGGUUAUACCACCCCCUGCAGGAGACGAGGUGACUGCGGGAAAGUUCUAUGCAAGUUUCCUCAUCCAGGAUUACUUCAAGAAGUACCGUAAGAGGAAGGAAAAGGAGAAAAAGAAGAAGGGCAAGGAUAAGUCGGCGUCCCUUCAGGCGGGGCUGAGAACCCUACAGGAUUUGGCUCCAGAGAUGAGGCUGGCUAUGGAAAUGGAGGAGGGCCAGGAGGAGGUGUUCGAAGGUGACAUGAUAGAAGAGGAGGAGUUCUUCAGGAGUGACAGUGUCUUCAGCGAUGGUCAUCUGACUCCAUCCAUGUCCACUCCUGUGGGCACUUCAUUGCCCCCGCAGUCUGAAGAGGUUAGCGUGAGUAUCGACCCCCCUCCCGAUGAUACUCUGAUGCUAGAGGAGGCGCUGGAGGACUCUCGACCGGCCUCUGCAAUCUCCGAUAAUGAGCUGGUGCUUGAGCAGCCUCACAGGCUGACUCCUCUGCCCAGAAGACCAUCCAGCACUCAGUUACCACCUCCUCCAGAUGAAAGGAUGCAGAGUGCAGGAAGUCAAGGAGAAAGUACCGGGACAGGAGGAGGAAUAACAAGUUCUACAGAACAGAGUCAAGUCGGCAAGGAAGACACACAGGGCACAGAGUCACGUGACAGACAGCAGUAUCCAGAAGCCCCUACCUCAACACAGACUGUACCUCCUCCAGUCUCCAGUGACAAUAAUGCAGCCGUGGCAUCAUUACAGCCAGAUAACAUUAACAGCAAUGGUUACAGAGUCGCUGCAAAUGGCUAUAAUGGGAACACUUACUCGACUCAUAGCUACAAUGGGAAUGCUUACCAUUCAAAUGGCUACAAUGGCAAUGUUUCACCUAUAAAUGGCUACAACGGCAAUGUUUCACUAACAAAUGGCUACAAUGGUAAUGUUUCACCAACAAAUGGCUACAAUGGAAGUGCAUACCCAGUAAAUAGAUACAACGGAAAUGGUUACCACAGCAACGGUUACCACAGCAAUGGUUACUCCAGCAAUGGUUACAGUGCCAGUGGAUACAGUAGCAAUGGCUAUAGUGGCAACAGACAAAACAGUAAAGAAUAUUCGACUCGAAGACGCUUCCUUCCUCCCACUCCUUCAGGACGCAGACCAAAUUUCACUAUCCAGUGUUUGAGAAGACAAGACAGCCUCGAUGACACCCCCAUCCCUGGUACUUAUCACCAGAACUCACCUCCCUGCAGAGCACGAGAGCAGACACAAAACAAUUGUGACUCUCGGCGCAGUAGCAUGUCCUCAGCAGCCUCGUCAUUCUCAUGGGCGAACACUCAGGUGCGGUCAGGCCGUGUGCUCUAUGCUCCCCUCGUCCUAUUGGAUGAGGCAGGUGGAACUCAGACGAUUUGGAGCGACACUAAUGGCAAUGCCAGCCUGCCAGCUUCAGCCCGUCCUGGGUGGCACACAAACCAGGGUGUCUCUCUGUCCCAGCAGCAGCAGCAGGCAUAUGCUCUUCUGAGGGUGCCAUCCCAGCAAGGCUCAGGCUACGUGGAGAAAGGGAGUGCUGACAGCCUUGUAGAGUCGAUCCUAAUAUCGGAAGGCUUGGGCCUCUACGCCAAAGAUCCCAAAUUCGUUGACUUUACUAAGCGAGAGAUUGCUGAUGCAUGCAACAUGACCCUAGACGAGAUGGAGACUGCCGCGACUGACUUGCUUAGCCGAGGUGCACCUGGACAGCCAGUUGGACCGUUUGAGGAGGAUCUGUCUGACGAAAUAAACUGUGUGAUUUCAUACUAAGUGUUCACACUUUGAGAGAAUAAAGGCAUAUUAGAAAGAUAAAGGAAGAGGCAUACCAUACAAAGAAUGCAGUUUGGUGCAAGAAACAACAAGUUGUCAACUUUCUCUGUGCUACUCUUACAGAUUUAUGAUAAUGUAUUGACACUGACCUGUGUUUUUCCAAACUAUUGACAAUUACAUGAUUUUAAACUGAAUUUGCUGACUGAAGCUGUAUCAGACGUGUGUAUCUUUAAUGAAGCUGACUUGAGAUUUUGAACCCAAUGUACAAGCAUUUCAGGAAGCUGAAUCAUCUCUGCUUAGAUAUGAGAAGGAAAGCAGCCUAUGAAUGGAGAAGUUCAGAGUAUUAGAUAAAUGAUUUACCUGUAAAUAUGGCAUAUUAUGAUUUAAUAGAUGUCAUCAGAUUAUAUAUAUCUGACAUACUGGCCAAUACCUUAUCUGCUGACAGUAAGCUUAACAAAGGUUCCUAUAUUACAGCCCUUAGUAAGUCUAAUGAUUAAUCAAUAUGUACAGUGGUGCUUGAACGUUUAU